ACUUUUUAACCUAAAAUGUGGUCCUGAUUUUGACGCAAAAAGAUAUUAACAAAAACUCGAUUUAAAAUGAGUCUAAAUACCAUAUUAAGAUCCACCAUAAAUAUCAUCACCAAAAAAUCAAUUCCUAUAUCUCCAUUUCUACAAAAUGGCCAAAACAAAUUCUAUCACAUACUGAGUAGAACCAUAAGUCCUUUACCCAUGUUAACGCCAAGUAUUCCUGCAAUUGUACAAAAUUGUGGAUUCAAAGUCAAAGGGCAUUUAAAAAGAAGAUGUAAAGACUGCUAUUUUGUCACAAGGGAACAGAGACAAUAUGUGAUUUGUCCAACACAUCCUCGGCAUAAGCAAAUGGCUAUGAAGAAGAAAGAAAAGAAUACCUGGAUAUUGACUCAUGCGACUCAAGGGAAAUAUAGGGAAUGGUAGAAUUAAGUACUGGAUGUAGUAUGUUUUUGUUGUAAAUAUUUAUUUAGUAAAUAAAGAUAU